AGGGAAGUAGGUUCAUUUUAACGGCUGAACAAUAUGCCUGGUUCCCCAGCUUGUUUUAUCCUCAUUUUUCUACUCUGCCAGCUCACAGAGCCAGCAGCCUCUGGAACCCUGAAGAAACUGGUUGGUGCCCUUGGGGGGUCUGUGACUUUUCCUCUGACACACUCAGUAAAUCAGAUUGACAGCAUUGUCUGGAUCUUAAACACAACUAUUCUUGUUACCAUACAACCAAAAAUGGCAGACAGACAAGACAAUAUCAUAGUGAUUCAAAAUCAUAACAAGAAAAGGGUGAACUUCCCACAUGGAAACUACUCCCUAAAGCUCAGCAAACUGAAUAAGAGUGACUCAGGUACCUAUCGUGUGGAGAUAUACAGCUCAUCCCUCCAGGGUCCCUUCAUCCAGGAAUAUGAGCUGCAUGUCUAUGAGCACCUACCAAAGCCCAAAGUCACCAUGAGUCUGCAGAACAAUAAGAAUGGCACCUGUGUGACUAAUCUGACAUGCUUCAUGGAACAGGGAGGAGAGGAUGUGACUUACAGCUGGAAGUCCUUGGGGCAGGCAACCAAUGAAUCCCAUUAUGGCUCCAUCCUCCCCGUAUCCUGGAGGCUGGGGGAAAAGGAUAUAUCCUUCAUCUGCAUGGCCAGGAACCCCAUUAGUAGCAACUCUUCAAACCCCAUCUCUGCCUGGAAGCUCUGUGAAGGUGCUGCUGAUAACCUAGAUUCCACCAUUAUCCUGAACCUCCUGUGGGUAUUCCUCCUGCUCAGUGUCCUUGCACUGGUGCCAGUUAUUUUGAUUAUGUGGCGAGAAAGAAGAAAAGGGUCCAUUAAAAAGAAGAAGAGAAUGGACAUUCAUCAGGAAGUUCUUAAUUACUAUCCCCCUUCUGGAGAGACCUCAGAGUAUGACACAAUCUCUAACAUUAAUAAAACUAUUCCAGAGGAAAAUUCAAUAAAUAUGCUUUAUUCCACGGUACAAAUACCCAAAAAGAUGGAAAAACCCCACCCACUGCCCACAUCACCAGAUACACCAAGGCUAUUUGCAUAUGAGAAUGUCAUCUAAACAGCUGUGUGCUCUUUCCUGUCUCCCCCACCCCCC